AUGGUGGACUUCAGGGUUACUGAUGGGCUUGUGGACCUCAGGCUGUUUGCAGUUAUAGCCAGUCUGGCCCAAAAGAUAGCCACCCUGGAUGACUUUAUGCGCUCCUUAAUCAGCAGUAUAGACUUUCGCUCUCUGGAAGUGAAGCUUUUCAAGGCAAAGAAGCUGUUCCUGUUCCUUCUAGAGGAGCAGACUGGUCAUGGGACAUCCCAACAGAAGUAUAUCAGCCCAGAACAACUGAUUCUGGAGUUAAAGGCUGGAGGCAUCUGUUUAGAGCACGAGGCAGCCAUCAGAAUGGAGAUCCAGCACAUUCCCCCUUUAGAUCUGCUGGACUUUCUGGCCUAUCUGCCUUUGUUCAUGCUAAUACACAAGUCUGUCAUUGCUAAUCCAUUAAAAGACUUCUGAAACUUAUGACACUACUCUACUAUUGUU